GAAGGAAAAAUGGACAAACAGCUUUACCUUUUGCGUUGACUUGAGUUACGUUAUCCUCAUCACUAGCACUGCUUAUAAUUCCACCGGCGCGCACAUUAAAAGCUUUUAGCAACAAUGAGGUGAUUAUAUCAUAAUUUAAUAUGAAAACGCGUCACGGGACCCGUGCUUGGGCCACGGGCGUGGGGUCACUGCGACUUGCCAAUAGGAAAUAGUUGUUUAUACCGUGGUGCGUUUCAGAUAAUAUCCCAUGAGCAUCGGAGUCGGAGGCUGGAAUCGGCGGCGCGCGCUCGACCAUGACGCGCCCAGGCCCUCCUAAUGAGAACUUGCCCACGGUAAAAUUGGUGGUGGUAGGCGAUGGUGGUGUGGGCAAGAGUGCCAUCACCAUCCAGUUCUUCCAGAAGCUAUUUGUGACGGAUUACGACCCCACAAUCGAGGACUCCUACAUACAACAUACGGAGGUCGACGGGCAGUGGUGCAUCCUCGAUGUACUGGACACAGCGGGCCAAGAGGAGUUCAGCGCGAUGCGCGAGCAGUACAUGCGGAAGGGCGACGGGUUCCUCCUCGUGUAUUCGGUCACGGAUCCGCAGUCCUUCCGUAAUCUACGGCGGUUCCACACACAGAUCCUGCGCGUUAAGGACAGGGACUCGUACCCAAUGCUGCUGGCCGCUAACAAGGUGGACCUGGUGCACGUGCGCGCCGUCAGCGAGGAGGCCGGCCGGGACCUCGCCCGCUCGCUCAGCGUGCCCUACAUCGAGACCAGCGCCAAGGAACCGCCGCUCAACAUCGAGCGGGCCUUCCACGAGCUCGUCCGAAUAAUCCGAAAGCACCCUCAGCAGGAAGAGAAAGACCGCCGCCGCCGGAAGUUCGGCAAGUGUGCGCUGCUCUGAGGUCCAUACGCGGCUAACUUCACGCAGAUACCAUUCGCUGCUACUUUCAAGCUGUGAGUUGC